GUCAGCCCCGGCCCGGUCAGCCCCUGCCGGCUGUGCGGGAGGGACGCUUCCCCGUCCGCCCCGUGAUCUCCGCGGACCGUGGCACGCACCGGAGCCGCCGGCCGAGGCCCAGUCUCACAGCUUGAAGUCCAUGGCCCAAAAUGACUCUGCCAGUGGGGACUCCCUCCCUUGAAGAAGAUCACCAGGUCGGAGGCUGGGAUGAGCAUGCCACUGCAGCCGCUCUCUGCCAUCCCAGCCCAGGAUGCUGCCUCUGCUCGCGUCUACACAAGUAAGACCAAAGAAAAGGAGAGGGAGGAACAGAAUGAGAAGACUUUGGGACAUUCCAUGAGUCAUUCAAGCAACAUUUCUAAGGCCGUGAGUCCUCCGUCGGCCUCAGCUCCAGUCUCUGCCUUCUCUCGCACUUCGGUCACACCGUCCACCCAGGACAUCUGCAGUUCCAGUGCAGUGUUUUCUGAGUGUUGUCACCACAGUCCCGUGCAGUCGGCCGUUGUCUUGAAAGCUGCUCCAUGCCGGAGUUCUCUGACAGCAGGGCUCCCUGUGACAGUUCUCUGUAAAGACACAGUACAGGCGCCCAAGCGAGAUGCCUUUGGUUCGGAAUGGGUGCAGGCCUUAAAGCCCACUAGGAAUGCGAGAACAAGAAGAGCACUGAGAUUCUCCAAGUCCCUGAACGAUGUUGGGGAGAAGGCCCAGGAUGUGCUGGCAAGUUUGGACUACACGGAGAGAACCUGCUCGGAAGGCCGCCUGCCACUCCCUCAGGGCCCCUGUCUCGGGAUGAGCGGGUUCCCUCUCAAGGACCGGAGGACGCCCAGCCACAGGCUGCGGGCCGCUCCCUGGCACUCCUGCUUUUCAUCCCUGUCUGCCUCUGAGGGGGAUGCCGGCAAGGGCAGUGUGCGUGUCCCGCUCCUGGAUGAGUCAGCAGACGGCCAGGCUGUGUCACGCAGCCGGAGGCUGCUCCGCUACCUGCUGUCGCUGUCCCGCGGCUCGAGCGCCAGCAGCCUGCACAGGUUCCAGGAGCUGGAGAGCUGUGUCCCUGCCCCGCGCACCGCCAAGGCCUCCAGUGGGCUGGCUGGGAGCAUGGGCUUCUGCUCUGACGACAUGGGGGACGACGAUGUCUUUGAGGACAGCACAUCCAUCAGGCUGACGGGUGGGGUCGCGCGGGCACCCCUGUGUUCCGUGGAAAAGGACAGUGACCUCGACUGUCCUUCCCCCCCUGCUGAGAAACGGCCCCUCGUGUCUCCUGAGUCCGCAUCAGGGGAUGCCUGCAGGAUCUGUCACUGCGAGGGAGAUGACGAGAGCCCCCUCAUCACCCCCUGCCACUGCACGGGGAGCCUGCACUUCGUGCACCAGGCCUGCCUGCAGCAGUGGAUCAAGAGCUCGGACACACGCUGCUGCGAGCUCUGCAAGUAUGAGUUCAUCAUGGAGACCAAGCUGAAGCCUCUGAGGAAGUGGGAGAAGCUGCAGAUGACGGCCAGCGAGCGCAGGAAGAUCAUGUGCUCGGUGACGUUCCACGUCAUCGCCAUCACCUGCGUGGUCUGGUCCUUGUACGUGCUCAUCGAUCGUACCACCGAGGAGAUCAAGCAGGGGCAGGUCACAGGGAUCCUGGAGUGGCCCUUUUGGACUAAACUGGUGGUCGUGGCCAUUGGCUUCACUGGGGGGCUGCUCUUCAUGUACGUUCAGUGCAAAGUGUAUGUGCAAUUGUGGAAGAGGCUCAAGGCCUACAACAGAGUGAUCUAUGUUCAGAACUGCCCAGAAACUAGCAAUAAGAGUAUUUUCGAGAAAUCGGCACGAACAGAGCCCAACCUGGACACCAAGGAUGGACAUGGAGCCUGUCGUUCCGACACAAACUCUUCCUGUUGCUCAGAACCCGAGGACAGUGGGGCAGAAGUUCUCCACGUCUGACCGCGAGCACCUGCAGAGGCUGCCAUCUUCCUGGAGCUGCUGGCCAUGGCUCGCUGCCCAUCAUGUCCUUUUCUUACGUCCUUUAAUAGCCUAGGCUGCUGGGCAGGUGACUGUU